AGUUGUAGUGUUUUGGCGUCGCCGCUGCCUUUCUGUCACCAAACGGUGCCUUGCCUUGAGCCGACGGGGGGCGUCAAGCCGCCGUUAACCAUCGAUGAUGAUGACGGUCAUGAUCAAUGACUCCCUCGCGACUCGUCUAGCUAUCUAAUGUAUUGCGAACUCACUUAACUGUCGCUAAGUUCAGUCCGGAAAACAAAGCAAUGCAUUUUUAAGCUAACAUCUAGGAAGGAAAGAAUAAUGUAUUAGAAGCGCUGAGGUGACGUGCUAACGUUCCUCCGGUUACCAGGAGGCCCGACGCCGGUGCUCGAUUCGCCUCCCGGAUCGGCCCCGGAGCCGCCUCCGUCCGAGGUGCCUGACGUGGUUCGCACCUACUUCCCCGAGACGUGGCUGUUCGAUCUCCACACGGUCGGGUCAGUGGACGAACAUGGGCGCACUGACUGUGACGAGGCUGCGUUGAAUGUGGAAUUGAACCGUUGAUCCUCGUACUCUGAAGCUGUUCACGGGUUUGUUCAAAGCUGUCCUGAUUACCUAUCGUUUCAUGUCGUUUGAGUAUGCUCACAUGUACAUGUAACCAGCCAGUAGUAUGUUGGAUGCACAUUAACCGAUUAGUUGAAAGCCUCAACAGCUUACACGAUAAUGCAACCAAAACAAAAUCAUAAUUUUGUUUUAAGGAGGGGGGCAUGAUGCGUUUUUAUUUUCAAAAUGUAACCAGAAAUAUGCAUUAACUAGCAUACGUCAUGAGCAUGGUCAGAUCACACAUGACAGGUAAUAAGUCGCAUAUUUUGAGCACUAUCAUCAUACAGAGCACCAAUUUCUUGAUACUCCCCUUUACACAACACAUUCUUAUACCUUAAGCGUCGGUCGUUUUCGGCAUUAUAACUCACCAUGCCACAUGCAGGAACUAGGACAGAGUUACACCAUCAAGUCACAAUUCCUUGCCUUUUCAGCAUUAAAGCUCACCAUGCCGCAUGCAGGAACUAGGACAGCUACACCAUCAAGUCACGAUUCUGUGCCGUUAGUCAUGUUCGCAUUAAAACUCACCAUGCCACAUGCAGGAACUAGGACAGUUACACCAUCAAGCUACGAUUAUGUGCCGUUCCUCGGACGCCUGGCUAGUGUCACAGCCGGCCACCUCCGCACCGGGCAGGGACGACGGCUCGGUGACGCUGACACAGAAAGUACCGGACACCAUCACCGAGUGGGUAGGCGGAGCCGUGUGCAGCUCAGAGAUGGCCGGCCUUGGCGUGGCGCCGUCGGCCUCCCUCACCAGCUUCCAGCCGUUCUUCGUCAGCUACACGCUGCCCUACUCGGUGAAACGCGGCGAGACGCUCGUGCUCAAGGUCUCGGUGCUCAACUACAACGAAGAGGCGCUGCCGGUCAAGCUGACACUGGUGGCGUCGGACGAGUUCGAGACGCUCUCGGCGCCGGUGGUGACCUCGUGCGUGUCGACCGGCGUGGCCGAGGUCGUGCCGUACCGGCUGCGGCCCGGCCAGCUCGGCGACGUUAACAUCACCGUGGUAGCUGAAGUGUACUCCGACUUCCCCGCCGAGUGUGGGUCAGAGGUGGUGCCCUACUUCAGGUGUGUGGCGUUACGCGUUGCGGGAGUACGGGGCGUGGCGAACGCCGUGUGAGUCAACUUUAAACACGGCAGGUGUGCGUAACCGAGAAAUGAGCCCAGACACCCUAGCUUGCGUGGGUGUUAAAAGUUGCAAAUGAACCGGUAGUGUUUCCUAUUGCAUGCACGUCCUCUAAUGACAUACAGAUAUUUGCUGAAAAAAAUCAAAAUGCCUUCAUUUUUUGAUUCAAUGAAAUCUGAAGGCGUCACU